AAGAUACGCAUGUUGCAACACAAUGCCAAAUUACUAGAGUCUAACGAGACAACUGCAGCUACUGAUACAAUUGCGCAAAUAAAAAAAUAUCAUCGGAAUUCGCGUGCAUGUUUAUGAAAAGAUAUUUUUGUAAAUUAUAAAAUAACAUAAUGGCUGAUGUUAAGAAAGUUGAAGAAACAAAAAAGGAAAUAGAAAAUGACGAAGAAGAAGAGGAAUUACAAGAAACAGAAGAAAUCGAAGCCAAAGAUCCCGCUAAGAAGAAAAAAAAGAAAAAGAAGAAGAAGAAGACAGCGGGAACUGAUAAUGCAGUUGAUAAUGUAACUACCGAGGCUGAAAAAACGGAAACACCUUCGGUAGAUGAGAAUGCAGGAGAUGAGAAGAAAAAGAAAAAGAAAAAUAAAAACAAGAGUGGAAAGAACAUUGAUAAAGUGCAAACAGAUCCACCAACAAUUCCAAUUUCUGAACUUUUCCCAGACGGAAACUUCCCUGAAGGUCAAAUAAUGGAACAUGGCCCAGCUGAGGGUAUUGAUGAAAGAACAGCUAAAGAUCGAUUUUCAAGCGAAGAGAAAAGGGCUUUAGACAGGAUGCAUAAUGAUAUUUAUCAAGAAAUAAGGCAUGCUGCUGAAGCACAUAGACAAACUCGAAAACACAUGCGUAAUUGGAUUAAACCAGGCAUGACUAUGAUAGAAAUCUGUGAAGAACUCGAAUCAACUGCUAGACGUCUUAUUGGAGAGGAUGGUCUUAAAGCGGGACUGGCUUUCCCUACUGGUUGCAGUCGUAACCAUUGCGCUGCACAUUAUACACCAAAUACAGGUGAUAACACAGUGCUGCAGUAUGAUGAUGUAGUCAAAAUUGAUUUUGGUACACAUAUUAACGGACGUAUUAUUGAUUGUGCAUUUACUUUGCAUUUCAAUCCUCGCUAUGAUCCAUUAGUAAAAGGUGUACAAGAGGCAACCGAGGCAGGAAUCAAAGCUUCUGGUGUUGACGUCAGGUUGUGUGACGUUGGUGCUGCUGUUCAAGAGGUAAUGGAGUCACAUGAAAUUGAAUUGGAUGGAAAUACAUAUCAAGUAAAACCAAUACGAAAUCUUAAUGGCCACUCUAUAGGGCCCUAUCGUAUCCAUGCUGGAAAAACUGUGCCAAUAGUAAAGGGUGGAGAAACAACAAGGAUGGAAGAAAAUGAGUUUUAUGCAAUUGAAACUUUCGGUUCCACAGGACGUGGGCAAGUUCAUGAUGAUAUGGAUUGCUCACAUUACAUGAAAAACUUUGAUCAACAAUAUGUGCCUUUAAGAUUGCAAUCAUCAAAACAGCUACUCAAUUUAAUAAACAAAAACUUUGGAACACUCGCAUUUUGCAAGAGGUGGCUGGAACGCGCCGGCGCGUCGCGCUACGCUAUGGCUCUCAAAGAUCUAUGUGACAAGGGUGUAGUGGACGCCUACCCGCCUCUAUGUGACAUUAAGGGCUGCUACACCGCGCAGUUUGAACACACCCUAAUCUUGAGACCCACUUGCAAGGAAGUAGUAUCCCGUGGAGACGAUUAUUAAGAAUUUUCUCUUACUUUUAUACCAAUUAUAUUUUUGAAAUACCUGUUUAGUAAUAAUGAAACUAAUGUUUUAAGUACAUACUGUACUGUAAAAAUUAAAAAUUCGCUUUUAUUGAUUUAGUCAAUCAAUGCUUUUGUUUAUAUUAUAUGAUUGAGACAAUUUAUUCUACAUAUAUUAAGGACGUAAUAAUACUAAAACCCUUUUUGAUCAGUGUGAUACAAUUCAGAACCUUUUGUAUAAGUAAUGAGAAAAAAAAUUCAAUAAAGUUCUUAAAAUA